CCCACACAGUGCAGUGAAUAAUAGCCGGUGCGGCCCCUCCCCUCUUUCCCUGGCAGUUGUGUAUCUGUCACAUUGAAGUUUGGGCUCCUGUGAGUCUGAGCCUCCCCCUGUGUCUCAUGUGAAGCUGCUGCUGCAGAAGGUGGAGUCGUUGCAUGAGGGUGGGGGGAGUCGCUGCUGUUUGAUCUGCCUCUGCUCCCCAUUCACACUCUCAUUUCAUUCCCACGGAUCCACAUUACAACUCGCCUUUAACCCUUUCCCUGGCGGAGCCCACGCGUCUUUCAUCCCUCCUGCCGCGGCCGCUGAGCGACCAGAGCGCGACAUUGUUGCGGCGGGGGAUUGGGCGACAUUGUUGCGAAUAAUCGGAGCUGCUGGGGGGGAACUGAUACAACGUUGCGACUGUAAAGGAAUUAACUCGGCCGAAUGGGAUUUUAUCUGUGUCGGUGAGAGAAGCGGAUCCCAGGAGCAUGGGGGCGUCUGUAGCGCUGACUUUUCUACUUCUUCUUGCAACUUUCCGCGCAGGCUCAGGACACGAUGAAGUGGAGACAAGAGAGUGCAUCUAUUACAAUGCCAACUGGGAACUGGAGAAGACCAACCAAAGUGGGGUGGAAAGCUGCGAAGGGGAAAAGGACAAGCGACUCCACUGUUACGCGUCUUGGAGGAACAAUUCGGGCUUCAUAGAGCUGGUGAAAAAAGGAUGCUGGCUGGAUGACUUCAACUGUUAUGACAGACAGGAAUGUAUUGCCAAGGAAGAAAACCCCCAAGUCUUUUUCUGCUGCUGCGAGGGAAACUACUGCAACAAGAAAUUUACUCAUUUGCCUGAAGUCGAAACAUUUGAUCCGAAGCCCCAGCCGUCAGCCUCCGUACUGAACAUUCUGAUCUAUUCCCUGCUUCCAAUUGUUGGUCUUUCCAUGGCAAUUCUCCUGGCGUUCUGGAUGUACCGUCAUAGAAAGCCUCCCUACGGGCAUGUAGAGAUUAAUGAGGACCCCGGUCUGCCUCCUCCAUCUCCUCUGGUCGGGCUGAAGCCGCUGCAGUUGCUGGAGAUAAAGGCGCGAGGCCGUUUCGGUUGCGUCUGGAAAGCUCGUCUGCUGAAUGAAUAUGUUGCAGUGAAAAUCUUCCCCGUGCAGGAUAAGCAGUCGUGGCAGUGUGAGAAAGAGAUCUUCACCACGCCGGGCAUGAAACAUGAAAACCUAUUGGAGUUCAUUGCCGCUGAGAAGAGGGGAAGCAACCUGGAGAUGGAGCUGUGGCUCAUCACUGCAUUUCAUGAUAAGGGUUCUCUGACGGACUACCUGAAAGGGAACUUGGUGAGCUGGAAUGAACUGUGUCACAUAACAGAAACAAUGGCUCGUGGGCUGGCCUACUUACAUGAAGAUGUGCCCCGCUGUAAAGGGGAAGGGCACAAACCUGCAAUCGCUCACAGAGAUUUUAAAAGUAAGAAUGUAUUGCUAAGAAACGACCUGACUGCGAUAUUAGCAGACUUCGGGCUGGCCGUACGAUUUGAGCCUGGAAAACCUCCGGGAGAUACACACGGGCAGGUUGGCACCAGGAGGUAUAUGGCUCCUGAGGUUCUAGAGGGAGCAAUUAACUUUCAGCGAGAUUCCUUUCUCAGGAUAGAUAUGUAUGCCAUGGGACUGGUACUCUGGGAAAUAGUAUCCCGAUGUACAGCAGCAGAUGGGCCAGUAGAUGAGUAUCUGCUCCCAUUCGAAGAAGAGAUUGGGCAACAUCCUUCCCUAGAGGAUCUGCAAGAAGUUGUCGUUCACAAGAAGAUACGCCCUGUAUUCAAAGACCACUGGCUGAAACACCCUGGUCUGGCCCAACUGUGCGUCACCAUUGAAGAAUGCUGGGACCAUGAUGCGGAAGCACGGCUUUCGGCAGGCUGCGUAGAGGAGCGUAUUUCCCAAAUCCGUAAAUCAGUGAACGGCACUACCUCGGACUGCCUUGUAUCCAUUGUUACAUCUGUCACCAAUGUGGACUUGCCGCCCAAAGAGUCCAGUAUCUGAGGUUUCUUUGGUCUUUCCAGACUCAGUGACUUUUAAAUAAAAAACUCACGAAUGCAGCUGCUAUUUUAUCUUGACUUUUUAAUAUUUUUUUUCUUGGAUUUUACUUGGAUCGGAUCAAUUUUACCAGCACGUCAUUCGAAAGUAUUAAAAAAAAAAACAAAAAAAAAAAGCAAAAACAGACAUCUCAGCAAGCAUUCAGGUGCCGACUUAUGAAUGCCAAUAGGUGCAGGAACUUCAGAACCUCAACAAACUCAUUUCUAGAGAAUGUUCUCCUGGUUUCCUUUAUCUCAGAAGAGGACCCAUAGGAAAACACCUAAGUCAAGCAAAUGCUGCAGAACUUUGUAGUACGCUGAAGACUGUUACACAGGAUACCCCUUCUGAAAACAAGGAUUUUAUCCCAACCACCAUAAUCACCCUCUUAGUUUAGAAAGUGUGUUCCAAAAAACACACCAAAAAAUCUGUUGUGUCUUUUUUUUUUUUUUAAACGGAUCUAACGGGUGUAACACGCAGAGGAAUUUGGAAGUGAAUGUUCUCAUUU